GUAUGCUACAAUAAUAAUAAACAAAUAAAAGAAUAAAAGGACAUUCUCCAUAAAGAUCACCAGGUAAAUUCUGUUCAAAUUUAUUGAAUAUUAGUAAUAAAUUUGCAGGGACAGGUGGAAGUAAUAAUAUAUAAGUUAUAUAACAUUUUUAAUAGUGUGUUCAUCAUUAGCUCCUAAGAAAAGUUAAGCUCCAUAAAAAGUACCAAAAUCAGGAAUCUUUUAAGCUUUACCUAUGAUUGAAUAGACUUUAUUUAAAAAAUAUUAUGAUCGUGGAGAUCUUCCAAUUGCUGUUAAUUUUAGUGGAGCAGUUAGAAAGAUUGUAUGGAAAUGUGAACCUGAAUGUUUAGAUUAUCAUUUAUAUCUUCCAAUAUUCUUUGAAGGAUUAAGAGAAGUUGAAGAUCCUUAUAAAUUCUUAGCUGUCAAUGGAUGUGAAGAAUUAUUAUAAAAAGGUGAAACUAAGAUAUUAUCUGUAUUACCAUAAUUGAUUAUUCCUAUUAAAAGUAAAUAUAAUAUAUAUAUAUAUUAAAUAGAAGCAUUAGCAACAAAGAAUCAUGAUAUUAUGUGUAUUACAUUAAAGAAAAUAUAGAAAUUAGUCAAAAGUGGUUAAAUGAUAGGAGAAGCAUUAGUACCUUAUUAUAGAUAAAUAUUACCAGUUAUGAAUAUGUAUAAAAAUAAAAGAUGUAUUUAUAUUAUUAUUAUUAUAGUAAAUAUUGGAGAUAAAAUUGAUUAUUCAUAAAGAAAAAAUGAAAAUCUAUCUGAUCUUAUAUAAGAAACAUUAGAAACACUUGAAAAAAAUGGAGGAGAAGAUGCAUAUAUUAAUAUUAAAUAUAUGAUACCAACAUAUGAAAGUUGUAUGUUUUGA